CGGACGGUGGGGAUCUAAUUUUCAUAUUUGCGCGGCCGCAUAGAAACGCCAAGACGAUCGUUCGCAUAAUAAAACAGCAGGUAGUCAGCCAGGUGGAGAGGCCACCAGGAACAAGAGGGGAGGAGUUGGAGAAGUCGGAUAUUCCAUGCGACCAGGAAUAAGAGGCCACCAGGAAUCUUCUAUGCGACCGCCAAGUCCAGCUUUGAACGAAGAGGAAAUGAGCCCCGGAUAGAGAGAGAAAGAGAGCUGCGAUGACAUUUAGAAUCUAGAUGGAAGAACCACCGAGACUAUAAAACCCUAUUGCCCCACCUCGGCCGAUCGAUCCGACGAGAUCGAAGUCUCGACAUGGCUCCAGCGGCGGCGGCGGUGGCGGUGGCGGGGGAGGCGCGAGGAGGAGGAGAGGCCAUGAAUGGGGGAAAGCGGAGCAGAAGGAAGGGACGGAGACACUCGGCUUAUCUCCGUCGGCUGAGUUGCUUCAAGCCCGCCGCCGAUCUGCCGGCGGCGUGUGGCGGCGGAGACGACGUGGAAGGGGAGCGUCGGAUCCCAACGCAUCUGGUGGUGACGGUGAAUGGCAUCAUCGGAAGUGCUGCAAAUUGGAGAUUUACUGCAAAACAGUUUGUGAAGAAAUAUCCCGAAGAUGUUAUCGUGCUUUGCAGUGAAUGUAAUUACUUAACCCUCACAUUUGAUGGUGUUGACGUAAUGGGAGAAAGACUAGCAGAAGAGGUCAUAUCGGCUGUUGCACGUAGACCGGAGCUUCAAAAAAUCUCCUUUGUUGGGCAUUCACUAGGUGGCUUGAUUGCAAGAUAUGCAAUUGGUAUAUUAUACGGAAAAGAUGUGCCAAGGAAUCCUCCAGAGGAAAAUGGUGGCUGUAAAACUUAUACAUCUGGAGCUCAAUGCAUGGAAGAAAAAUUAAAAAGAAAAAUUGCUGGACUGGAGCCAAUGAAUUUUAUAACUUUUGCAACACCUCACCUCGGCUCAAGAUUGCACAAACAGAUCCCAAUACUCCGUGGCUCCUAUGCGCUAGAAAAGAUGGCAUAUCAUAUUUCAUGGAUUAUUGGAAGAACAGGAAAGCAUCUGUUCCUUAAAGACCGUGAAGAGGGAAAGCCUCCUCUUCUACUCCGGAUGGUCAAUGACUCUGGAGAUCUCAAAUUCAUGUCUGCUUUGCAAUCUUUCAAGCGAUGUGUUGCUUACUCAAAUGCUUGUUAUGACUUUAUUGUUGGCUGGAAGACAUCUUCGAUACGUCAUCAAGAUGAGCUUCCCAAGCGUGAAAGUUUCACAAAGAAUGGCCAAUAUCCACACGUCGUCUAUGUGGAGAAACCCAAAACUGCUAUCGUGCAGCAGGAAGACUUUUCAGAGACAAUGAUUUCUCAACCAAAAUCUGCAAGCGAGAUGGAAGAGGCAAUGAUCAAAGGUUUAACCACAGUUCCAUGGGAAAGAGUAGAUAUCAGCUUCCAAAAAAGUGUACAAAAAAUUUUUGCUCACUGUACUAUUCAGGUAAAUACAUACUUCAUAAAUUCAGAUGGUGCAGACGUGAUCUUUCACAUGAUCGACAAUUUUCUUUUAUAAUGAACAGUCUCAGCUUUUUCUAAUCUACAAAGAUGUAGUCUCUCCAAUUUCCUAAAUUAAGUUGAAGGGAGAAAAAUGAUUCAUGUAGCCGAUUCCAACUAGUUUAGCAUUAAGGCUUAGUUGAGUCGAGUUGUAGUUUCUCCAAUAUGAGAUGGUCAUCCAUGUAUUUAUGUCUAAGCUUUUGCAACUAGAUUUAAGAAGUUCUUGGGAAAACAUUUUUGAGUAUGGUGUCAAAACAGGCCAUGUAUAAGUCUCUUAAAGGAUUGCAUCCUGGUCUAGGGAAGGAAGGGAAUGUAGUGAAUUGUCCCAAAGGUACAUGCUUAGGAGGCCUCGAAUACCUGCACAAUUAAUGCAAAUUAUAAAAGUUUAUAGA